AUGUCAUUCAAAGGUAUAAAAAAAUCAAUUGUGCGUGCUCCACAAAAUUUUCGUCAAAAAAUGAAUAUGGGAGAAAUAACUCAAGAUCCAGUUUAUCAAGAUGCAGAAAGAAGAUUUAAAGAAAUUGAAAUUGAAACCAAAAAAUUAAGUGAUGAAUCAAAAAAAUAUUUUUCAGCAAUAAGUGGUAUGUUAGAUGAUCAAAUUGAAUUUUCAAAAGCAAUUGAAGAAAUUUAUAAACCAAUAAGUGGUAGAUUAUCUGAUCCAAAUUCAACUGUACCUGAAGAUAAUCCAGAUGGUAUAUUAGCUGCAGAACAAUAUAGAGAUGUUGUUAAAGAAUUAAAAGAAGUUUUAAAACCUGAUUUAGAAUUAAUUGAAAAAAGAAUUGUUGAACCAGCUCAAGAAUUAUUAAAAGUUAUAACAUCAAUUAGAAAAAUGGCAACAAAAAGAGAUCAUAAACAAGUUGAUUUAGAUAGACAUAAAAGAAAUUUUAAUAAAUAUGAACUGAAAAAAGAAAGAACUGUUAAAGAUGAAGAAAAAAUGUAUAGUGCAGAAGCAGAAGUUGAAGUUGCUCAACAAGAAUAUGAUUAUUAUAAUGAUUUAUUAAAACAAGAAUUACCAAUAUUAUUUCAAAUGCAAAGUGAUUUUAUAAAACCUUUAUUUGUUUCAUUUUAUUAUAUGCAAUUAAAUAUAUUUUAUACAUUAUAUAAUAGAAUGGAUGAAUUAAAAAUUCCAUAUUUUGAUAUGUCAACUGAUAUAGUUGAAACUUAUCAUAAAAAAAAGGGAAAUGUUGAAGAACAAACUGAUGCUAUUGGUAUAACUCAUUUUAAAGUUGGUCAUGCAAAAUCAAAAUUAGAAGCAACAAGAAGACGUCAUGCUGCAAUGCUGAAUUCUCCAACUUUAAGUAAUAAUAGUAAUGAUUUACCAAGUUAUCAAAAUAAUACUGCACCAAUUGGUUAUAAUCCAGAUUAUAAAUCUCCAAGUUAUGGAUCACCAGAACCAAAUCAACAAUAUCAACAAUAUCAAUCACCUCAAAAUACUUAUCAACAACAAUAUCAACAACAACCAUAUCAAUCACCACAAAAUACAUAUCAACAACAACCACAUCUACAACAACAACAAACAUAUGGAAGUGCAGCAUCCCCACCACCUCAAUAUAUGAGUUCACCACCACCAACAGCCCCAACACAACAACAACAACAACCACCUCCAUCUCAAGGUCAUGAAACUUGUAUUGCAUUAUAUGAUUAUACAGCACAAGCACAAGGAGAUUUAUCUUUCCCAGCAGGUGCAACUAUUGAAAUAUUAAAUAAAGAUGAUCCUGGUUGGUGGAUGGGUUCAUAUAAUGGACAACAAGGUGUUUUCCCAUCAAAUUAUAUAAAAAUGUAG